AUGAAGGCAAAGAAGUUGAGGGUGGCCGCCAUGGCCGCGCUGUGCGUGCUCCUGCUCCUCGUGGAGCAGCAGCAGGUGGCUGCCAUGUCCGAGUUCUGCCACUGCUACAGAGACUGCUACUCCGAGUGUAGGCACGACGCACCGCGCUGGCUCUGCCUCCCAUCCUGCGUCAACUACUGCAGCUCCAGCCCCGGCACUAGCCAGGCCCCUGUCGGUGACAACGGCGGCGCCAAAUGCAGGAUGGCAUGCAAGCUUAGCCUAAGCGUCUGUGGCUUGACGGCGGAGCCAGACGAUGCAGCCGACGCCGCGAUCUGUGUGCAAAACUGCAAUAGGAAAUGGAGCCACUAG